AUGCGGGCUGAUGGUCCCAAGGAUAAAUGUUUUGUUGUAGAUAACAGUCGUCUUGUCUAUGACAAACACUGUGAUGAUCACUUUCCUUAUCUCUACGAAGUCUCUUCACAUCCGCUUGUGCACAAUAUGCAGGUGGUCAAAGUGACCAAACAUAUAUUAGUUUAUGUGAUAGAUACAGACCCUGCUGUGUUGAGAAGAUUGGCGGACUGGGAGGAUACUUUAGGUAUUCCUUUGGGCCCAAAUGCUUACAUGGAUGAGCAUGGUCUCCUUCAUUUGGGGGAUGGAACGGUGAUCUACACUCGGGCUCUAAAUUGCCCACAGCAUCCCGACACAGGUCUUCAGAUGCCGGAGUAUGAUGUUGUCAAUUGCUGGGGUUUUGCGGGCAAACAUCUUCUAAAUCCAUCAUAUGUUGAAGAAUUAUAUGCUGUACAACAGAUUAUACUCGGGAAACUGGAAGAAAUGACAUGA